CAAGGGUGUCUUGCAUCAGCCCAGUGAGUAUGAGAGGGAACUGAGCGGAGCGAGGAAGAAAAGAUCGAAAAGGCUUGGAUUCUGAUAGAACUGGGGACACGGACACUCACUGGAAUAUUCCACCGCUUCCUCUGAACAAAUGGUUUGAAAGGACAAAACUCUUUAAAAGUGUGUGUCGGUACCCUCUGGGGAUGUCCGGAGGACAAAUUCAGGAUGAAGACAUCUCUGCCUCCAGUCAGUGGUCUGAGUCUACAGCUGCUAGAUACGGCAGGUUAGACUUUGAGGAGGGUGAUGGUGCGUGGUGUCCAGAGAUAACGGUUGAACCAGACAGUCUAAAGGAGUUCCUCCAGAUAGACCUGCGUUCCCUCCACUUCAUCACCCUGGUGGGCACACAGGGCCGCCACGCAGGGGGCAUCGGCAACGAGUUCGCCCAGAUGUACAAGAUUAAAUAUAGCCGUGACGGCAGCCGCUGGAUUUCCUGGAGGAACAGACAGGGCAAACAGGUGAUAGAGGGAAACAGGAAUGCAUAUGACAUUGUGCUGAAGGACCUGGAGCCUCCGAUCAUCGCCCGCUUCGUGAGGUUCAUGCCCGUCUCAGACCACUCCAUGAACGUCUGCAUGAGGGUAGAGCUCUACGGCUGUGAGUGGCUUGAUGGUCUGGUGUCCUACAACGCCCCAGCAGGAGAACAGAUGAGUCUGGAAGGCCAGCCUGUCCACCUCAAUGACUCGGUGUAUGAUGGAGCCGUCAUCUACAGUAUGACGGAGGGGCUAGGCCAGCUGACUGAUGGAAUGUGUGGAUUAGAUGACUUCACCCACAGCCACGUCUACAAUGUGUGGCCUGGUUACGACUACGUGGGAUGGACUAAUGAGAGCUUUCCCAAUGGAUACGUGGAGAUCAUGUUCGAGUUUGACCGCACUCGCAAUUUCACCACCAUGAAGGUGCACUGUAACAACAUGUUCAUGAAGCAUGUCAAGGCAUUCCGCCAGGUGGUGUGUUACUUCCGUUCUGAGGCUGACUGGGAGGCCACGCCCCUUUCCUUUAGUCCCGUGGUGGAUGACGUCAAUCUCAGCGCCCGCUUCGUCACCAUCUCUCUGGCCAAUCAUAUGGCCAGCGCAAUCAAGUGCCAGUUCUACUUUGCUGAAGCCUGGAUGAUGUUUAGCGAAAUCACCUUCCAGUCAGACACAGCCAUGUACAACACUACCCUGGCACCACCCAAGACCGGCAGCAGCCCCCCCACUAGCACUCAACCAGGGGAUGACCCCACCCACAAAAUAGAUGACAGCAACACCAGAAUUCUGAUUGUCUGCCUGGUGGCCAUCAUUCUAAUCCUUGUCGCCAUCAUUGUCAUCAUCCUCUGGAGGCAGGUCUGGCAGAAGAUGCUGGAGAAGGCCUCGCGGCGGAUGCUGGACGAUGAACUAACUGCUAGUCUGUCACUACAGAGCGAGACAUUCGCCUACAGCCACAACAACAACCCAACAUCAUCGUCAGCACCCAGCGAGCAGGAGUCUAGCUCCACCUACGAGCGUAUCUUCCCCCUGGGCCCUGACUACCAGGAACCAUCACGACUCAUACGCAUGCUACCUGAGUUCUCCCACACCUCCAAGGAUGCCGUUUUGACCAGCACAGCAGUGACAGCCUCCAAGGCUCCCACUGCAACAGUUGCCCAGGACGGAGUCCCUCACUAUGCCGAGGCAGACAUCGUCAACCUGCAGGGCGUAACCGGGGGCAACACGUACGCGGUCCCUGCUUUAACCAUGGACCUGCUGUCAGGGAAGGACGUGGCAGUGGAAGAGUUCCCCAGGAAACUGCUCACCUUCAAAGAGAAGCUGGGCGAGGGACAGUUUGGAGAGGUCCACUUGUGUGAGGCAGAGGGCAUGAAGGAGUUUAUAGAUGAGGAUUUCUCCUUCAACAUCAGUGACAACCAGCCAGUACUGGUUGCUGUUAAGAUGCUCAGAGCAGAUGCUAACAAAAACGCCAGGAAUGACUUCCUGAAGGAGAUUAAGAUCAUGUCACGUCUGAAGGACCCCAACAUUAUCCGUCUGCUGGCCGUGUGUAUCUGCAGCGACCCCCUCUGCAUGAUCACAGAGUACAUGGAGAAUGGUGACCUCAACCAGUUCCUGUCCCGCCAUGAACCUGAGGGACAGUUAGCACUCAUCAGCAACGUAACCACUGUCGGCUACAGUGACCUGCGCUACAUGGCCACUCAGAUUGCCUCAGGGAUGAGGUACCUCUCCUCGCUUAACUUUGUCCACAGAGACCUGGCCACGAGGAACUGUCUGGUGGGGAAGAACUACACCAUCAAGAUUGCUGACUUUGGCAUGAGCAGGAACCUGUACAGUGGAGACUACUACCGCAUCCAGGGCCGGGCCGUGCUGCCCAUACGAUGGAUGUCCUGGGAGAGCAUACUGCUGGGUAAGUUCACCACAGCCAGUGACGUGUGGGCGUUUGGGGUGACACUGUGGGAGACCCUGACCUUCUGUAAGGAGCAGCCUUACUCCCAGCUGACUGAUGAACAGGUCAUAGAGAACACUGGGGAGUUCUUCAGAGACCAGAAACGACAGAUCUACCUGCCCCAGCCAGUGCUGUGUCCUGACUCUUUGUAUAAGAUCAUGCUGUGUUGUUGGAGAAGGAACACCAAGGAGAGGCCUUCCUUCCAGGAGAUUUACCGAGUGCUGCUGGAAAGCCAAGCUUAGGGCCCGAACCCCUGGGCCAGCACACACACACACAGACUGACAGACGCAUCAACAACAAAUUAAGCAUCGGUCUAUAAGUCAAAGGGUCAACUCAGUUCAACUUUUGAUGCACAGAAAAAUUACAAAUGGCUGUCCGUUGUCUCAGCUAGAGAAGUAAAAGUGAAAUCUAGCAAUGAAAGUUCUGCACUUUUGAAAAUGUAUAAUUUAUUCCAAAUGGUGCUAGAAAUAAGUAUGACGUUUCCACCUUGUUUAAUGCAGUGUAAUGUAAUGCCACGUCUAUGAAUUCAAUUGUGUUUUCUUUAAGAAGACUACUUGAAUGUAAAUCAGAUGUCUUCAUUAAGCAAACCAUCAGUGUUCAGUUUGGAGAAUUUUGAUACAUUAAAAGUUUUAUUUUUAUUUUGCAAGGUUAUUCAUCUCAGUCACUGAUCGUUUCUUUGUACACUUUGCUUAGAGCUAACAGGGAUAAUGGUAAUGUAGUCAAUGCAUUAUAUGACUCUUUACAUGAUCCUGAGUUACUAUCAUCCAUUUUGAAUCUGUUGACAAUGUGUCAUAUAAUGCAUGUUAAUGCAUGCAAUAUAACAUGUUGGCUUUGAGUAAAGAGUUACAAGUGAUGAACAAAUUCAUAACAGGCAAUAACCAUCAUUCGACCAUAUCUCAGCUAUAGUACUCUCUGGCAGUACACUUUGCCACAUUGUCUGCCAGUGAUAUUUGACCAAGAGUGCUCAAAGACAUUGGUGUGUAAUGUACUUCAAUAGAUCUUGUUAAAUCUCAAAUAGUAAUAUUUUGUAUUGAUAUUUAUGUAUUGUUUAUAUUUCAGUUUGCUUUCUGUUUAUAUAUUUGGAUACUGAUCAGCUUCUUUUUGCAUGGGAAAAUUUGUACAAAGUUGUACGUUGUGCAAUUUUCUAGAUUCAGUUUUGUAUUUCGUUAAACAUCUCAGUCGAGAGUAGUUUCAGAAAAUGACAGUAGGCUUUGUGCAAUGUGGGGUGUACAAAUGUUGGUUCUCAUUCAUAUUUGUGACAAAAUAACUGUCCAAAUCAGAUCGUAAAUCAGCUGCAUUACUUAUGGUCCAUGUUCAGUCCAUACUGAGCAGAUUAUAAAUAAACUGCAUUAGUGCUGGUCAAUGUUCAGUCCAUACUGAGCAGAUUAUAAAUAAAAUGCAUUACCGAUGAUCCAUGUUCAGUCCAUACUGAACAGAUUAUAAAUAAACUGCAUGGUUCAUGUUCAGUCCAUACUGAGCAGAUUAUGGUGCUAAUCAGGAUCCAGACUGUAGGGGAGAGGAUGUGCUAACUAUGUUUUGAUGGGUCUUUGGAAAGGGAAUUGUAGGAAACGAUGCUUCUAGAGAGAAAGAUUUUUAAAAUGGUUAGUGUGUUUGCUACCUUGAUAACAAAUGUUCUAAGCUAUCAUUGUGUUGUAUUGAAUGUGUUAAAAUGCACAGUUGUUCUGAACAGGACAACUGUUUAUGAUGUAUCUCUGUUGAAAGAGAGUGAGAGCUGAACGGUGAUUAGAGGGUUUCUGAAUAGAGUUAAGGUGAGGAUGAUAAUCAGUCAGAAUGAUUUCAGACAAUCUCAACUGCACACAAGGACAGUUGUUGUACAACAAGACCGUUACUAUAGUAGCUAUUAUGAUUAUGCAAUUCUUUCACAAUUAGCUUUAGGUUUGAACCCUAAAUGACUUCAAUAUGUUAUCAACCUGUCUCCUGUCUUCGUGGUCUACAGGCUUAGUUUUGAUGUCCUGCUUCCAACAAUCACACACAGAUGAAACUUUACUCAGGGGCCUUCUCCUUCUUCUCAGCAACCUUCGCCCCUGGACCUUAUUAUUCACAUUCUGGUGUCAUUAUUGGCCAUCUUUAUAGGUUGUUCAGUUAUAGGCUGAGACCCAAAUCAAACACUAUUCAAGUUUUAAUGUCGCAUGCACAAGCACAGUGAAAUUAUUUUCUUGCAAACUCAAAACCCAACAAUGGGCUUUCAAUAACAAUGUAUUAAUAGAAAAAAAACAUGAGAAAUAAGAAUAGGAAUUAUGAACUACACGAUCAAGUAAGUAAGCGUACUAUAUACAGGAAAUAUUUUAAAAGUCAGUUAAUGUUUUAUUUCUGUAUUUCAUUUAUCAUUUUCAGGUUCUCUCUUGACCACGAACUGAUGUUAUAUUGCCCUGUGGGAAGUAUAUUUGUACAUAUAUUGUAGUCCAUAGUAAUGGUUUGAUAGUCAGUAAUAUGGAUGAGGCAUGCAUUGAUAUAUAUCCUUAAGACCAACAUGGGACCUGUUCACAGCAUCUAACUGUUUCAGCUUGAUUGAAUACUUUAUUAUUGUAUUAUUACAGAUUUCCAUCUAUAAAGCAAAUGAGGGCAUACUUAUUGUAUAGUAAUGAAGUUGUAUAGAGGUUAUUAGUGUGUCAGUGCACAAGGAAAUUAAAUAGUGGUGGAGUUUUAUAAGAUCUUUGUACUCAAAAAAAAUGUUAAUCAAUUAAAACAUUGAAUUUUGUCUGAUUUGUCAUGGAGAUCGUUUGUUACAGACGAAAUAAAACAAAUCACCUAAAUGAUG